AAAAUCCCUCCUUGCAAAUGGAUAAGAAAAGAAAAGCACAAUCAGGGCAAGCAACGUCUCCUCUCCCCGCGGCAAAAUCGCCAUGGCUUCCAUCUCCGCGGCCACGAGAGGACUCCGAAACCCAUCAGGUACGCACUGGCACUUCACGCAGAGACCCACCGGCAUUCUCGCUCCGAGGACCAGCAUUCUCGCGCGAUCCAACAUUCUUGGAACCCAAUUACGCUGGCGAGUCGUCCUCCCGCAUCACCACCACAACCACGCUAUCCGCGCGGCCAUCGGCGAGAAUCCCACCAACAACCCGGACGACUUCGUGGUGCUGGGCCUGGGCCACUGCUUCAUCGAGGACUCGAACGGCAAGCUCCAGGACCACUUCGUGCUCGAGCCCAUCGGCGCGGGCGCGCUCGAGUGCAUGGAGAACGGCGGCAAGACGUGCUACAAGCACGUCGCCAGCAUGCACUUGAGCACCGCGCUGGCGCAGGAUCACUCGCAGCUCCCCGAGGAGCUCCGCAGCGGCGCCUUCUGCGAGGACUUCGCCUUCCGGACCAAGUGCGCGGCGCGCUCCUGGAUGCGCGACUACCCGCAGGAGAAGAUCGUGCGCUACAUCCCGCUGGGGACAGUGCGCUCCGACUUCAACUACAACCUCGAGGACAAGCGCGUGCUCAACAAGGUGAACAUCGUCACCGACGCCGACAACAUCAAGCAGGACAUGAGCAUCGACGUCUACGGCCGGAAAAAGGACGACGAUGCCAACACCGCCACCGACGCCGCCCCGCCCUCCAAAAAGGAGCUCGAGGAGGAUCUCAUCUCCAGCUUGUACAACGCUUGAAUCUCAAUCGUCUUGGCCUUCCAAGUUUUCCAAAGUUUUAGAUCGAUCAACAUGAACAGCCGAAGCCCACCUUGAAUUGUCUGCUCUUCCAGCCUCGCCAUCUUCCCUCCAGCUUGCGUCCCAACUAGUUUUAUCUGCUUAGGGGCACACACUCCAUCCAGUUAACAAGAACACACCACGCAUUCUUCA